AUGAGUAGUAAGAUCACCUUCUACGAGGACAGGAACUUCCAGGGCCGCUCCUAUGAGUGCGACACCGACUGCCCGGACAUGCACCCCCACUUCAGCCGCUGCAACUCCAUCAAGGUGGAGAGCGGCUGCUGGGUCCUGUACGAGAAGCCCAACUACACCGGCUACCAGUACGUCCUGACCAGAGGAGACUACCCGGACUACCAGCGCUGGAUGGGCUACAACGACACCAUCCGCUCCUGCCGCACCUUCUCUUAUACCAGCGAGGGGCCGUACCGCAUGCGCAUCUACGAGCGGCCCAACUUCCAGGGCCAGAUGAUGGAGUUCAGCGAGGACUGUGACUCGGUGCAGGAGCACUUCCGCAGCCGCGACAUCUACUCCUGCAACGUGAUGGACGGCUACUGGACCCUGUACGAGCACCCCAACUACCGCGGGCGCCAGUACUUCAUGAGGCCCGGGGAGUACCGCAAGUUCAGUGACUGGGGGGCCACCUGCGCCGCCACCGGCUCCUUCCGCAAAAUCACCGAGUUCUAAUCUGAUCUUGUUUUGAUUUUAUUUAUAUUUUAGAUUCAUCCAAAAAAAACUACACCCAGUAACUUCUCUAAAAGUGUAUUUGUGGAAACUGGUGAGGAGAUAAUGUGG